GUCCGCCCCGGCCCGCGCUUCGCUUGCAAGGGUUAACCGGUUCUCCAGCUCUUCCCCGCCCUCCUCCCCCUCCCGCAGCUUCCCCGCCCUCCUCCUCCUACCGGCCGGGGCUGCUCCUUGCCGCUGGCUUCUUCCGCAGCGACUUGAAGCAACGCCGGGCUAUGGCUUUGACCCGCGCCCAGCGCUGCCUGGUGCGGGUGCUGCGCUUCUUCUCGGCCGCCUUCCUGACGCUGCUCAGCCUGGCGCUGCGCGUGUCCGCCCUGUUGCCCUGGAAAGCGAAAGGCGCCCGAGGAUCUCGCCCUGCGCGGCGCACCGUCCCGCCGCCCGACCAGCCGCUGCUGCUCCUUCCCGCCGGGGAGCUGGCCAGGCGCAUCCGCCGCAGGGAGUUGAAGUGCGUUGAUCUCCUUGAAACCUACAUUGAGAGGAUCAAGCAGGUGAACCCGCUCAUCAAUGCUAUUGUUAAAGACAGGUUUGAGGCUGCCUUGCAGGAGGCCCAGGUGGUUGACCAGCUGCUUUCUGACGGACAAGAAGAUGAAGAAUCACUCCAGAAAAAAUUCCCCUUGCUGGGCGUUCCUGUCACUGUCAAGGAAGCCUUUGCGUUAUAUGGGAUGCCCAAUUCCUCUGGAUUGGUUAACCGCCGCAACGUGAUCUCCACCACGGACGCUAUUGUGGUAUCCCGGUUGAAGCAGGCGGGCGCGAUUCCCCUGGGGGUGACCAACUGCAGCGAGCUGUGCAUGUGGUUUGAAUCGAGCAAUUGUGUCUACGGACGAUCUAACAACCCCUACAAUCUUGACUGCAUUGUAGGAGGCAGCUCAGGGGGUGAAGGUUGCAUCUUAGGAGCUGCUGGUUCUGUGAUUGGUAUCGGCUCAGACGUCGGGGGCAGCAUCCGUAUGCCCGCCUUCUUCAAUGGGAUCUUUGGACACAAGCCCACCACAGGCGUGGUGCCCAAUGACGGCCAGUUUCCUGAUGCGGUUGGCCAUCGUAUAAACUUCCUGUGCACUGGACCUAUGUGUCGUUAUGCAGAAGACAUGGAGCUCCUGUUGAGAGUGAUGGCUGGGCCAAACAUUUCCAAACUGAAGCUGGAUGACCCGGUCUCUUUGCAGAAGAUCAAGUUCUACUCCAUGGAACAUGAUGGAGGCUCCAUUUUCCUCUUACCAGUCGAUAAAGAGAUUCUCCAAGGUCAUCGGAAAACGGUGGCACACUUAGAGACGGACCUGGGGGUUGAGGUGGAGAACGUGGCCAUCAGCAAAAUGAAAUAUUCCUUCCAAAUCUGGUCAGUUAUGAUGUCUUCCAAGAGCAGUGAUAAUCAGGAAAAUCAAACUUUCACUGAUUUGCUUGGUGACCACGGAAAACCAGUAUGGCCAUCAUGGGAACUGGUGAAGUGGAUGAUGAGACUCUCUUCUCACACAUUUCCAGCCAUUGCACUAGGAAUAACGGAGAAGUUGACGAAAUACAAUUCCAAGGCAAAUGCCAAGCUAGCAAGCAUGGCACAGAGCCUGCAGACAGAGAUGGUGGAAUUAUUGGGAGAGAAUGGCGUCUUCUUAUACCCUUCACACCCUGUACUAGCUCCCAAGCAUCACGCACCACUGGGCAUGCCCUUCAAUUUUGCCUACACAGCCAUCUUCAACAUUCUGGGCUUGCCGGUGACGCAGUGUCCUCUCGGCUUGAGCAAGGAUGGACUCCCUUUAGGGAUCCAGGUGGUGGCCGGACCUCAUAAUGACCACUUGACCUUGGCCGUGGCACGAUACUUGGAGAAGGCCUUUGGUGGUUGGGUUCCCCCCGGCCAAUCCUAACACGACUUUCCCGGGACCUGGAGGACAUGAAGAAGAAGAAUGCUUCUCCACCUGUGAAAUCUGGAGUUAGGGGUUUGGGCUUGAGGUUUUGAAGGGCUGUGUCCACCUUUUCUACAGAACCCAAGGGAGUAGACAUGAGGCCAUGAAUGUGUUCACCAGGUUAGAUCAUUUGCUGGCCCCAGCCAAAGUGGAGAAGGAGUCCAUUGGCUCUUCUCUUUGACUUCCUUGCUAGAUUUUGGUGGGGAGGAUGCUGCCUCAGGGAAAGCAAGGCUGGGAGCAAAGGACGGGUGUUGGGGGGUGAACCCCCCCCCCCUUUUUUACCCUUCAUUGGUAGAGUAGGAUUGGGUGUCCUCUGCUGCUGUUCCUUCUUUUUUCCUACGUAGAAAAUAAUUUUAGACCAAGAGAGAUCUUGAUGGAAUUGCACUCCUCUGGUAGAAAGAACAGGAGGAAUCAAGGUUCCCCUCUCGAUUUGCACGGAGAAAGAGCCCGGGGACCUUGGCUUUGCUUCACCUUUUCAUGGACUUCUACUCAAGUGGAGGUUGAUGUUGAUGACGUCACUGGGAGAAGCACAGGCAGGAACCAAGCCCAGUGAAAGACAUGUUGAUGGGCUCAAGAAAACCUCUGGGAGAGUCUGAUGUGUCUCAGUGUUUCUGCCUAAGUGGCGGCUUCUUCUUCUUCUUCUCCUCCUCCUCCUCCUCCUCCUCCUUCUUCUUCUUCGUCAUC